CUGGGUAAUUGAGCCCACGUUUCCGGGGAAGAGCCUGCGCAACAUCGUGACCAAGAUUCUGUGUAUGAAUCUGAUCGUCGACCCGAUCCUCUUCCUGCCCACCUUUUACAGCUUUAGGGAAGCAAUGGUGGAGGAGCGAGUGGGAUUUGACGUGAUCCGCGCCGCCCUGGUCGGCUACUCCGAGAACUACUGGGAGGAUUGGAUGAACUCGUGGAUGAUUUGGUUCCCUGGCCACGUUGUGACGUAUGGAAUCGCGCCGCCAGCACUGCGGAUCCCUUGGAUGUCGAUGCUCUCAUUUGGAUACGUGUGUGUCCUCUCCUGCACCCGCGGGCAGAUCGACGAGCCGGCCGAAACGCCACAGCAGGCAGAGGAGAAGGCCAAGCUGCGGCGCAAUCUCAGCCGGCGAGCCUCAAUCGUCGGCAUCCGGAUCCACGAUAGCGAGGACCCGCGGGUGGUGGCAAGGAAGAAGUCAAAAGAACUGAGCUAGGAGCACAUCUGUACGUGUAUGCCGUCCCAUUGCGUGAUCUGUGAAGAGAGUUACCGUGGGGAUCUCCUGAGAGCUCGCUAAGCAUCUAGACGGGCUUUGGGACAUCUCAUGCACAUUCUCCA